GAGGAUUCAAAAAUCAAUAAUAAUAAAUAUAAAUUAGCUGCUUCACAUGUUCUGAACGCCCCAGUGCAGUGAAUCCAAACCAACCAGUUCACUGCUCUGACUUCACCGCCAAAUAGCACCGUUGCCGUUCUCCGGCAAUGGCUUCUCCGGCGACCUUUUUCUCCGCCAUACACCGACCUCCAAGUAACAAAACUAGCCUGGUCUCUCACUCCUCCACACUCUCCGUCAAUCUCUCUUCCACUUAUCCACCUCUCCAAGCUCUAACUUGCUCUCUCUCAUUCAAAUUCAAUAGACACUCCGCGUCUCUCACCCGAAAAACUCGCCCUGUCUUUUCCCCAGCCAAUCCUAGACCUUCUCUAGUUCGCUGCCAAGCUUCUAGCGGAAAGGUUUCACAAGAGGAGUUUACGGAAAUGGCCUGGCAAGCGAUUGUUUCGUCGCCAGAAGUGGCUAAAGAGAAUAAGCAUCAGAUUGUUGAGACGGAACAUCUGAUGAAGGCUUUGUUGGAACAGAAGAAUGGACUUGCUCGUCGUAUUUUUUCGAAAGCUGGUGUCGAUAAUACACGCCUUCUUGAUGCUACGGAUAAGUUUAUCAAACGACAACCAAAGGUUAUCGGUGAUUCUGCGGGUUCAAUGUUAGGGCGAGACCUGGAAACCCUAUUACAACGAGCCAGAGAUUACAAAAAAGAGUAUAAUGAUUCAUUUGUAGCGGUUGAGCAUUUAGUACUUGGUUUCGUGCAAGAUAAGAGAUUCGGAAAACAAUUGUUUAAGGAUUUUCAGAUCUCAAUGAAAGCUUUAACAGAUGCUGUGCAAGCAAUAAGAGGACGCCAAACGGUGAUUGACCAAGAUCCUGAAGGGAAAUAUGAAGCAUUGGAGAAAUAUGGUAAAGAUUUAACAGCUAUGGCAAAAGCGGGAAAGCUUGACCCGGUGAUAGGAAGAGAUGAUGAAAUUCGUAGGUGCAUCCAAAUUCUUUCCAGGAGAACAAAGAAUAACCCCGUGCUAAUUGGCGAACCAGGUGUUGGGAAAACUGCAAUUUCUGAAGGGCUUGCCCAGAGAAUUGUGCAAGGAGAUGUGCCUCAAGCUUUAAUGAAUAGAAAGUUAAUAUCCUUAGACAUGGGUGCUCUCAUUGCUGGGGCAAAGUACCGUGGUGAGUUUGAGGAUAGAUUAAAAGCUGUGCUCAAGGAAGUGACAGAAUCAGAUGGGCAGACAAUUCUGUUCAUAGAUGAGAUUCAUACAGUUGUGGGGGCAGGUGCAACCAGUGGGGCAAUGGAUGCUGGCAAUCUUUUGAAGCCGAUGCUUGGUCGUGGAGAAUUGCGUUGUAUUGGGGCGACCACCUUGGAUGAAUACCGUAAAUACAUUGAGAAAGAUCCAGCCCUGGAACGUCGUUUUCAACAAGUGCUUGUUGAUCAACCCACGGUAGGAGAUACCGUCUCUAUACUCCGUGGACUUCGCGAAAGAUAUGAGCUGCACCAUGGUGUUCGCAUUUCUGACGGUGCACUUGUCGAUGCUGCAAUUCUUUCAGAUCGUUACAUUAGCGGACGCUUUUUACCUGAUAAAGCUAUUGACUUGGUCGAUGAAGCGGCCGCAAAACUGAAGAUGGAAAUCACCUCAAAACCAACUGCUCUCGAUGAGAUUAAUCGUGCAGUACUGAAGUUAGAGAUGGAGAGGCUAUCUCUUACAAAUGACACUGAUAAAGCUUCCAGAGACCGAUUAAGUCGUCUUGAAGGGGAGUUGAAUUUAUUAAAGGAGACCCAGGCUGAAUUGAAUGAGCAGUGGGAACAUGAAAAAACAGUCAUGACACGCUUACAAUCAAUAAAAGAAGAGAUUGACAGAGUAAAUCUUGAGAUCCAGCAGGCAGAGAGGGAAUAUGAUCUUAAUAGGGCAGCUGAGUUGAAGUACGGGAGCUUAAACUCAUUGCAGCGUCAGCUUGAAACUGCAGAAAAAGAACUUGAUGAGUACAUGAAGUCAGGGAAGUCCAUGCUUAGAGAAGAAGUUAGUGGGAGUGACAUUGCUGAGCUUGUGAGUAAAUGGACUGGUAUUCCUGUUUCCAAGCUACAACAGUCAGAGAGGGAGAAGCUGUUACACUUGGAAUUGGAGCUACAUAAACGCGUGGUUGGUCAAGAUCCUGCAGUGACAUCUGUUGCUGAUGCUAUCCAGCGAUCUCGAGCAGGUCUCUCAGAUCCUAACCGUCCAAUAGCUAGCUUUAUGUUCAUGGGUCCUACAGGAGUUGGUAAAACAGAACUAGCAAAGGCCCUUGCCUCUUAUAUGUUCAACACUGAAGAGGCCCUUGUAAGAAUAGAUAUGAGUGAGUACAUGGAAAAGCAUGCGGUUUCAAGGUUGAUAGGGGCUCCCCCUGGGUAUGUAGGGUAUGAGGAAGGAGGACAGCUGAGUGAGACUGUCCGGAGGAGGCCAUAUGCAGUUAUUUUGUUUGAUGAGAUUGAGAAAGCCCAUUCUGACGUGUUCAAUGUUUUUCUUCAAAUCCUAGAUGAUGGUAGAGUUACAGAUUCACAGGGCCGAACUGUGAGUUUCACUAACACUGUCAUCAUUAUGACUUCAAAUGUGGGUUCACAAUACAUUCUUAAUACAGAUGAUGACUCCGUGUCGAAAGAAACAACGUAUGAAACCAUAAAGCAGAAGGUAAUGGAUGCUGCUAGGUCAGUUUUCCGACCGGAGUUCAUGAAUCGGGUUGAUGAGUAUAUAGUUUUUCAGCCUCUUGAUCGUGACCAGAUCAACAGUAUCGUCAGGAUACAGCUGGAACGUGUUCAAAAGAGGAUAGCAGAUCGAAAAAUGAAGCUUCAAGUCAGUGAUGCUGCUAUUAAACUCCUAGGAAGUCUUGGGUAUGAUCCAAGCUAUGGUGCCAGGCCUGUAAAGCGAGUGAUCCAGCAGAAUGUGGAGAAUGAGCUUGCCAAGGGUAUCUUGAGGGGACAGUUUAAGGAUGAAGACACAGUCUUCAUAGACACAGAGGUCACAGCAUUUUCCAAUGGCCAGCUACCUCAGCAAAAGCUAGUUUUUAAGAGAUUAGAUUCUGAUUCAGAUACCACAGCAGAGAAAGCAGAAACGUUUUCAAAGACCGUUUAAGGUUCCAUGCACUUGCAAUCAUACCAAACUGAGCUGAAUAUACUUGUAAUCUGUUAACAAAAUUCUUUAAUUUUGUACAGGAUUCUGUAAUUAUGAGGAUAAAGCAUUGUAUUAUUGUAAACUAUGUUAGUUGUAACAAAUAAUAUGCUGAGAUGAAUAUAUAUUUAGAUGUAAAGAUGAGGAAAGUUAUCUUUGGAUU